CUCCUGAGCGAAUGACUUCUCCCUCGGUGGGGCUGGAGCUGGGUUUGCUGCGACCCCAGGGAGCCCACGAUCGCGCCGCCCCAGCCAGGGAGUCUGCCAGCACCAGCGUCUCACCGGCGCCUGGGACCAUGGCCACCGACUCGUGGGCUCUGGCGGUGGACGAACAGGAGGCGGCGGCCGAGUCGUUGAGCAACUUGCAUCUUAAGGAAGAGAAAAUCAAACCAGAUGCCAAUGGUGCUGUUGUCAAGACCAAUGCUAAUGCAGAGAAGGCAGAUGAAGAAGAGAAAGAGGACAGAGCUGCCCAGUCCUUACUCAACAAGCUGAUCAGAAGCAACCUUGUGGAUAACACAAACCAGGUGGAAGUCUUGCAGCGGGACCCAAAUUCCCCACUCUACUCAGUGAAGUCCUUUGAGGAGCUUCGGCUGAAACCACAGCUUCUCCAGGGAGUCUAUGCCAUGGGCUUCAAUCGUCCAUCCAAGAUACAAGAGAAUGCACUGCCUUUGAUGCUUGCUGAGCCCCCACAGAAUUUAAUUGCCCAGUCUCAGUCUGGCACUGGUAAAACAGCUGCCUUUGUGUUGGCCAUGCUCAGCCAAGUAGAACCUGCAAACAGAUACCCCCAGUGUCUGUGCCUCUCCCCAACUUAUGAGCUCGCCCUUCAAACAGGAAAAGUGAUUGAGCAGAUGGGCAAAUUUUACCCUGAACUGAAGCUAGCUUAUGCUGUCCGAGGCAAUAAAUUGGAAAGAGGUCAGAAGAUCAGUGAGCACAUUGUCAUUGGCACCCCUGGGACUGUUCUGGACUGGUGCGCCAAGCUCAAGUUCAUUGACCCCAAGAAGAUCAAGGUGUUUGUUCUGGAUGAGGCCGACGUGAUGAUAGCUACUCAGGGGCACCAAGAUCAGAGCAUCCGCAUCCAGAGGAUGCUGCCCCGGAACUGCCAGAUGCUGCUUUUCUCUGCCACCUUCGAAGACUCCGUAUGGAAGUUUGCCCAGAAAGUGGUCCCAGACCCAAACAUUAUCAAACUGAAGCGCGAGGAGGAGACAUUGGACACCAUCAAGCAGUAUUACGUCCUGUGCAAUAACAGAGAUGAGAAGUUCCAGGCCUUGUGUAACCUCUACGGGGCCAUCACCAUUGCUCAGGCCAUGAUCUUCUGCCAUACCCGCAAAACAGCGAGCUGGCUGGCAGCAGAGCUCUCAAAAGAAGGCCACCAGGUGGCCCUGCUGAGUGGCGAAAUGAUGGUGGAGCAGAGGGCUGCGGUGAUCGAGCGCUUCCGAGAGGGCAAAGAGAAGGUGCUGGUGACCACCAACGUGUGUGCCCGCGGUAUUGAUGUCGAACAGGUUUCUGUUGUCAUCAACUUUGACCUCCCCGUGGACAAGGAUGGGAACCCGGACAACGAGACCUACCUGCACCGGAUCGGGCGCACGGGCCGCUUUGGCAAGAGGGGCCUGGCAGUGAACAUGGUUGACAGCAAGCACAGCAUGAACAUCCUCAACAGAAUCCAGGAGCAUUUUAAUAAGAAAAUAGAAAGAUUGGACACGGAUGAUUUGGACGAGAUUGAGAAGAUAGCCAACUGAGACGCUCCACCAGUCGCCAGUGCCCACCCCCGGCAUUCCGCCUGCACGGGAGACCGGUGCUUUCACGGCACAGGCCUCGACAGUCACCACAAAGACAAAGGCAGAGGAGAGAGAAACUACCUACCUCAUUUUAAAUUACGUUUGGACUAGACAAAAAUUGUGCAACUGAUGGGGGAAGGUAGAAAAAAAUUGUUUACACAACUUCUAAGGAUUAGGCGUGAAUACACAGAAAUUUACCUUUUGGAAA